GAGUUAUAACUGUGUCACAACUACGUCCGAGUGUUGACUGAUCGUGACUCUUCGUGUCAAUUCUUCAUUUCACAGGCAAUGGCUUCCAUUAAAAUUGAGUGUGUCGUGAAGGACAAGAAUAGAAUUGGAGAGUGCCCGGUUUGGGAAGAAAAGCAUGGUUCCCUUGUCUACAUCGACAUAACUGGCCAGAAGGUGUGCAGGUGGAAUGCUACCACGAAGCAAGUGAAGUCAAUCCACCUUGAUGCCCCUGUUGGAUCAGUAGCUCCUCGGAAAUCAGGAGGAUAUGUUCUGGCAGUGGGAAGAAGAUUUGCCUUUCUGGAUUGGGAAAAGGAAACUGUUACUGAUAUUGCCUCAAUUGACCAAGAUAAACCAAACAACAGAUUUAACGAUGGAAAAGUCGAUCCAGCUGGACGCUUCUGUGCAGGGACCAUGGCAAUGGAGACUCGUCCAGCUGAAGUGGAGAGACACCAGGGAUCAGUGUACUCUCUGCAGGCCGACCAUUCCGUGGUCAAGCACUUUGACCAGGUGGACAUUUCCAAUGGUUUAGACUGGUCGCUGGAUCACAAGGUCUUCUAUUAUAUCGACAGCCUGUCUUUUAAAGUGGAUGCGUUUGACUAUGACCUGCAAUCAGGAAAAAUAUCAAAUCGAAGACUUGUGUACAAGCUUGAGAAAGAGGAAGCUCUUCCCGAUGGACAAUGCAUUGAUGCAGAGGGAAAGCUUUGGGUUGCCUGCUUCAAUGGUGGAAGAGUCAUCCGCAUAGAUCCUGAGACAGGUAAAAGAAUCCAGACAGUGAAACUGCCUGUUGACCAGACAACGUCUUGCUGCUUUGGGGGCAAGGAUUACUCUGAACUCUAUGUAACAUCCGGUACAGUUCAGAUGGAUGAAGCGUAUCAUAAGAGACAACCGCAAGCAGGUGGCAUUUUUAAGGUUACUGGGCUUGGAGUGAAGGGAAUUGCGCCAUAUUCAUACGCAGGAUAAAACAUCUUGUCAGCCACCACCACCAUCAUAUUUAUGAAACCCGCUUGAUUAGCGACUUAAAGACACGCCAUCAGUCAGCUCGAUAAAAGUUGUGCUUUAUAGAUGCACGGAUAAAAUAUUAGGCUCUUGAGCUGCCAUAUCUUUUCAUUUUACCCAAAUUGUAAUCAAUGUCUAAUGUCAAUUCCAAUAUUUCUUAAAUCUUGAUGAUUGUCUGCUCAAGAUACACAGCUACGAAGCAAUAAAAAUGAUCUCUUUAACUCUGCAGAUUGUUGCUUUUUUAAUGGAGUCUGU